AUGAGGCUAUCAUCUUUACGCGAGAAGGCGUUUCGCCUCAAGCACAUCCCUCAUGGCAGCCUUGAAACGCAGUUGAGACGAUGUCUGACCACCAUCGACAUAACGCUGCUUGGCAUCGGCCAUAUGAUUGGAGCUGGAAUCUAUGUUCUUACAGGUGCUGUGGUGCGUAACACUGCUGGCCCAUCAAUAGUACUUUCGUUUUUGCUUGCUGGUGUUGCAUCUCUGCUGUCCGCUCUCUGCUAUGCUGAAUUCGGCGCAAGGUAA